GCGACGAUGGAGGAGUGCAAAGAUAUUUCAAUAGCGCUCAGUCCUGACUUCUGUCCUAGUUUCCGACUGGGUUCCAGGAAGUUGUUGUCUGUGAUCCAGGAAACCUCUAUGUCUUUCUCCCCUGCACCUACAACCUCCCCUGACUGCAUAGUCAACAUGAGUAAUCUUAGUUCCUGUGAUGGCGAGACUCCAAAACGUUGCCUGAAUAUGUCAAAUCUGAGUAAUGGCAGUGAGGCAUCAACAUCCCCGGAGUACGUAGGCAGAGGUUUAUGCCUCGACUCGCCUGGCCUAACCGAUGUACAAUUGGAAUUCAAGCAGCCCACAGGAAGAACACAGCCGCUUCUGCCUAAGGUCCUCUGUAGCAGUCCGAUGUUCAGUGAGUCUGGCUGUUGGAGCCCGGUUCAGGACCGUGUGGAUUUCCAAAGCCUUGGGCACAACAAGGAAAAUAUGGACUUUGAGAUGGCGGGGACCAGCAGCCCUAUGUUGACGGAAUCUCUCGGGCUGGAUGACAGCGCGAACGUUGGUGGCGUGUGCGAGGUGUUUUCGGAGCUGUCGCAGUGUGACACUGAGGGAAAUAAGAACAUGACUCUGUCAUCCAGCCUGGCUGCCCUUCUCACCAGCGAUAUCCUGAUCCGGACAAUGGGCAUGAACGCAGUGCCAGCCUGCAAGAGUAGGCCAGGCUUGUUUCGGUCGCCAUCCAUGCCGGAGAGGCUCCACAGGCCUUUCCUGAAAAGACCGGAGCGGGCUCGGGAAAUGGACUGUCCAGUGAAGACUAAGCGGCAGAAGAGUUUGGACAGCCCCCUGGAGGAUGAGGAUCAGGAGAGGAGUGGAAACCGACCCUUGAGACGAGCUAUGACCACCUGCAAUGUCGAUGUGACCAAGGUUCUUGAUGAGGAGAGGAAUGCCACUGAGCUGAUAGGAAACUUUUCCAAAGUGUAUGCAUUACCCACAGUAAUGGGUAAGCAUGGCGAUUUGAAAUACAUCUCUCCAGAAAUGAUGGCGAAGGUUCUACAUGGAGAAUACGAUCACCUUUUGGAAGGAUUCUACAUCGUUGACUGCCGCUACCCUUAUGAGUUUAAAGGAGGACAUAUCCGGGGCGCCCUGAACCUGCACAAAGCUGACGACUGCAUCGACUAUUUCUUCCAGAAGCCUGUUGUUCCCAAAUCUGACGACAAGAGGUUGAUCGUCAUUUUCCACUGUGAAUUUUCAUCGGAGCGCGGACCGAAGAUGUGUCGUUUGCUGCGGGAGGAGGACAGAAAUCUGAACGAAUACCCGAACCUGUACUAUCCAGAGCUCUACAUACUGAAAGGAGGCUAUAAGGCUUUCUUUCCUCAGUUCAUGAAUUACUGUGACCCUCCAACGUACUGUCCCAUGGACCAUGAAGACUUCCAGGAGGAGAUGCUGAAGUUGCGGAAAAAGAGCAAGUCCUGGGCGGGAGAGCGUCGGAGGCGGGACCUCAUCUCCAGAUUGAGGAAGAUGUGAUUGGCUGAGAAGAACACCCAAUGGGAACCCCUCUUGCCUUUUUGAUUUGCACUGCCCUUCCCAAGGUUGCCUCCAGCCUGGCACCAAACUGCUGCUGAUCUUCCAAUUCUCACGUGACUCAACACAGCAGAGAAAGGUCUCUAUGGCCAUCUGAAUCCUGCAAUGUCAAAAAGCAGGAGGAUUAUUGCCAUGAGUAGAAUUGGAACAGAAUAGGUUUGGAAUAUCAAGAGUUUUUUUCUUUGUUUUAACGCUGCUAUCAUUUCAAAGAAAUUUAUUUUAAGGAUAACCAUCUUAGUAGAAGCUCCUAUUUUUUGACCUUUUUUUUGUGAUGUUCUUUCUCCCCUACCCCCUUGGUCAGCACAGAUUGGUAGCCUCGCCAAUGCAUUGCCGUGCUGUAAAUUCCCAAUCUUAUGAUUCAGUUAGGAGACCAGCUGUAUCUCCACCUCUUUCCUCUUCCACCCCACAGUUACCCCACAGGCAGGAUUACAAUGCUGGGAUCUGCCAGUUACAGUAGACUUAGCCUGUGCACCAUGAGCAGAUGCUGCCAAACCAUAUUUGUCGUAUUCUGUCCCUUCACAAGAACAAUUCCAUAUGGUACCUGCCCCUGGACCCCCUCAGAACAUCUGUGGUAGAUGAGUGUCAUGCAAUGAGCAGUGACUGAGAUGGGCUGCUAUCACAGUCCUGUUUCUCACUAUAUCGCACCAUGGAUAAACUGGCAGCUUUCUGUACCUGACCGCUAUCAAAGUGAGAAGAUCUGAAGAAGAAGACACUCAGCUGUCUUCUGAACACUAAGCAAGAAGAUUUAAAAAAAAAAGUUGGAAAUUCUCAGCAGAUCUGACAAAACCUUUUUGGAGCCUUGUGACUUUUGUCCGUUUCAUAAGAACUGCCUCGCAAGGUUAAUUUUGUUUUUCCUCUCUCCACAGAAGCUGCCAGACCUGCUGAGUUUCUCCAGCUUUCUCUGUUUGUUUGUUUCAGAUUUCCAGCACCUGAGAGAUUUUGCUUUUUGCUUUUGAAAAAGAUCUGAACAGGCUGCCAUGAGAAAGUGACAUGGCGGGACUUGCGCUGUGAUGGUUUGAUGGUGAAGUACACAGUGGCAUGACCUGAUCCUGAUCCUGGUCCUGCCUGAUGUAUAUGUCGCAGCUGGGAUCACUGGACCGUGAACUUUACAACAUGUUACUUGUGACCUCCUCUCCAGUGCAUCACCCUGUUGCCUUGGUCAAUAUCAACUAAUGCAAUACAACACUUUGCUUCCCCAACAGUGGUGUACUUGCCCUGCUCACAUGUACCAGCAUGUACUGUGGGUCUGAUAUCCAAAAUACUGUCAGUAUCUGUGUAUAAUGCAGAAGAAAACACUUGGCUCUUACAACAGCACACUGGUUUCCAUGACUUUUAUAUGAAUGAAAUUGCUAGAAUCUUGACUUCCUUGCCAUAAGAGCUCUGUUUUCUGCUUCCAGGUACAGAAAACUAAAAAGAAUUGUGAUCCUAAUUACUGAAAAUCGGUAACAAGGCUAACUUUUUUUAAAAUUUAAAAUCCUUUUGUUUUCUACCCGCCUCCUCCUCCUUCUGAAGUUGCAUCUCUCGCUAAACUACCAUUAGCCGUCCAUACAAGUACCCAUUCUCCCUAAGGACUGGAUUGCAUUGAACUCUUCUGCUCCAUUGUCAAAACUUUUUGGGGGGGUGAAAUUUGUUCCUGUCUUCCUCUGUUGGCCAAUGAAUUCUUGCAAAAUUCACUGGAUAGUGAACACAGAUUUUCCCAGUUUCCUGAUGCUGCUGCACUAUCCCAAAGUUUAAGUGUCAGCAUAAUGCUAGAGGUCCAACUGCCACCUUGCGAAAACGUAAGAACUGGGUACAUUCGGAACCCUCUUUGCCUUUUACAUCAUUUAGGAGUCUUUGGAAGGGUCAGAUUUUACUGUUGUAUUUAAACCCAUGUAACCUAGGCUAGUGACUAGCAGUUUGAUUCCAGUUUUUAACUGGACAUGGAAUUUUUUUUAAAUUGAAGGAGCACCGCUCUGAAAGGGUUUUUAUUUCAAGAAAAAAGUAAUGUAAUGUAGCACAAGUGUUUUUAAAGUUUUAAUAAUUUGAUCUUUUAUUUCAAGGGAUACACAUUACAGUCAUGCUAAACGGGCUGUAAUAAUGAGUAGGAUGCUGGGGAAAAAAAACUGUUCAGAAAUGCUGAUUCAGAGUAACCGGACAGAAGAAACGUGUGUAAAUUAGAUUGAGGUGAGGUGUGUUCGCCUGGUUAAUGGCCAAUGGAAAUACUUGUGGCAUUGACCAUUUCUCUUCGUUGGUUUCUAUUGUUUGGGAAACCACAUUAGGUGCAUCUUUUAAAAAAAAAACAUAGAGCAGCCCAUUGCUGUUGGGAAUCCAUCUUCUACUCUCACACCCGUCUCCCUUCCAAUAGCGAGAGCACUGCUUCAGCAGUGCUAGCUCCAGCCAGUAUUGUUAAAACCCUUGAGCAACAGUAUUAAUAUUCAACUUAGAUUACACAAAAUGUGCUUUGAAUCAUUUCACAUAAAUUAGAUCUUGAUUAGGUAGUAGACAUUUUCCCGUACGUGGCAAUGAUUACUUUCCAUUGAAAAGUUCAGGAUCUAUCUUUGCUGGGAUCCAUGAUGUAGUUGAUCAGAUCCUGUGACCUAUUGGUGCUAUGGGACAUUAAGCAUUAAGUGACUUUCCCGAUUUGUGUGCCGGCGUGCACAGUCUGCUUAUUUCUUCAUCCAGUAUCUACAUCGAUGACAUCUUCCUGCAUUGCCUUUGGACAUGCAUCAGAGUUAGAGGGCUCAGCGACACGUGUGUUAUUCCUGAGACCAUGUGUUUGCUUAGGGGCAGGUUCCCUUCUCUUGAGUUCACCUAGCCCUUUGUGAUUGGCCCAUCUCCGGGACAUUGUGUUUGGUUUCGGAGUAACUGUUUUGAAGCCAACGGAGAGAUCUCGUUCUCUCGCUCUCUAACUGAGAUUGUGAUAUCCAUGAUGAAAGGAGCAGCGUCAGGGUCAAACACGGUCCUCAUGGACCAGUGGUACCUAGCUAGAAAGUAAUUGAAUGCAGAUAGUUGUCUCUGGGUGAUAACUAUCCUCUUAACCACGUCCUUUUGUCCCUUAGAAAGCAAAGGACAUCUUACUCCAAAACAUUUCUAAAGCUUUAUAAUCAACUUGCUAUCUCUGUAUUGCUGUCUGAGGUUUUCUUUUAAUAUAUUGUAUUGUAGUUCCUACAUUUUAGGUCAGUGCUACGCAUUGGUGUAUUCUUCCGUAAAUAUCGUUUUUGUUGAUCUUUCUUAUGUGGUCAUCAAUUUUCUUCUUUUACUUUUAAUCCUCCUUUUAACUGUCACUGCCUUUUUAAAAUAUCAAACUCAUAAUCUCCAGUGUCCCUGUUUGAUGCAAUACUGAGCCAGUUAGAGCCACCAGAUGCUUGCCAGUAUUUCAGUUCAAUAUCUGUGUGUAAACUAUUUUAAUUUAAAUGUAACUUGCAGUCUGGGGAUGGUGAUACACUUCAAUUUGGUGCGUGCAAUAAAACC